AUGGAUUUCACGGUCACUUUAUCCCGGGAGGAAGUACGCAGCAAGCUCACGCUUCGUGAACGCAAGAAGCGCAAGAAAAGCCAUUACGACGAAGAAGAAUGGCAACGGAAUCUACGGAGUAUCAACAGCCUCCCCCAAUUACGGAAACAGUUCUACAAGGACCAUUUACCGAAAUCCCUCCUGGGAACAAACAAGUUAGAUAUUUAUCAUCCCUUUUGCCGCUUUGACCGUUGGGGGUUUGAGAUCCCCACGCAGAGCGGUGACAUUGAGCCUAGUGAUGAUGACCACGAUGAUGAUGACCAAUUGAGGAAGUUCGAUGUGGAGACUGAAAGAACAAGUUUUGCAUGCCCUAUGCCUCAAGAUGCUUCAGAGCCUGCCAAACAGCCUGAUGAUGCCGAGGGAACGCCUCCUUUGCCAGAAAACCACCAGAGACUAGAGGGACUUGUUGAUGCCACCCUUCUUGCCAUUCUCUGCGGCCGGCGCCACAUUUCUUAUGACCUCAUCACGGGACCCGGAAGCGCCACCUUGCUUCCCGGGUCGUAUAUUACUCAGGCAAAUCCCCGCACUUUCCCUGAUGCUGUCUAA